UUACCACGUUUUACUGGUAUCAGGGAUACAGACAUUACAGAGGUCCCCUUAAGACGCAUCGAGAUGCUGACUGAUAAGACCGCCGUGCUGCUGGGAGCCCUAGCUUGCUUAUUUGUGGUUGGGGGUCAGUACGCCCCCACAUGGGAGUCGCUGGACCAACGCCCCCUGCCCCCUUGGUACGACCAGGCCAAGGUGGGCAUCUUCCUGCACUGGGGGGUCUUUUCGGUGCCCUCGUUCGGGGGCGCCUGGUUCUGGUACAACUGGCAAGAGAAGCAGCUGCAGGAGUACGUAGACUUCAUGAAGACCAACUACCCUCCUGGGUUCACAUACCAGGAGUUCGCCCCGCAGUUCAGGGCAGAGUUCUACGAUCCGGCGCAGUGGGCCUCGAUUUUCAACGCGUCCGGGGCCCGGUACGUGGUGCUGGUGAGCAAGCACCACGAGGGCUUCACCAACUGGCCCUCCAAUGUCUCCUGGAACUGGAACUCCAUGGACGUCGGGCCGAAGAGGGACCUGACGGGUGAACUGGCGCAGGCUAUUCGCUCCAAGUACCCACACAUGCACUUCGGGUUGUACCACUCUCUGUAUGAAUGGUUCAACCCAACCUACCUGCAGGACAAACUCAACCACUUCAACACCACCACCUUCGUCACCCAGAAAACUGGGCCAGAGCUCAGAGAACUCGUGCACCGGUACCGUCCCGAUGUGCUGUGGUCUGACGGGGACUGGGAGGCGCCAGACAGUUACUGGAAUUCGACGGGAUUUCUGUCUUGGCUUUUCAACGACUCGCCCGUCAAGCAGACGGUCGUCGUCAACGACAGAUGGGGCCAGGGUACCAUCUGUCAGCACGGCUCCUUCUACACCUGUCACGACAGAUACAAUCCAGGCACCCUGCAGCCCCACAAGUGGGAGAACUGCAUGACACUGGACCGUCUCGCGUGGGGCUACCGACGCAACGCCCCCGCCACCGACAUACUCUCCACCCACGACCUCCUCACCCAGCUCACCCAGACCGUCAGCUGCGGGGGCAACCUGCUGGUGAACGCUGGCCCCACCCCCGAGGGGACGAUCCCCCCCAUCAUGGAGGAGAGGCUGCGGCAGAUGGGGACGUGGCUUAGCCUCAACGGGGAGGCAAUCUACGCCACCUCCCCUUGGGGCGUGCAGAACGAUACCUUCACCCCGGGCGUCUGGUAUACAAGUACCAGUACUGCGGUAUAUGCCCUGGUGCUGACAUGGCCGGCUGACGAUCUACUCACUCUGGGUUCCGUCAGCAGCACAGUCAGCACCUCCAUCACCGCCCUCACUGACCGCCAGCUGCAGCGUCAGCUCCAGUUCAAGGAGGUGUCUAAAGGGCUGCAGAUUGCGCUUCCCCCGCAGUCCUCCCUAGCUUCCCAGUGGGUGUGGGUGCUGAAAAUGCGCGAUGUCUUGCCCGUACAACAGUCACCCCUCAAUCAAGAUACGUUUUCUUCUGAAGAAAAUUACAAAGAAAACUACUACGCCAAGCUCAUACAGGGACAAAUUCGCAAUGUUUUCCUGUAGGAUUUCUUUCAUAAGACAACGAUCGCUCCUUUGAACAUUCGGUGCUUAUUAUCAUGUAUCCACCUAAUUUUUAACUAACUAAUUUAAUUGAUUAAAAUUUGCAAAAAAUAUUUAUAGUAGUAAGAAGUAAUCGCUUACGUCUUCUGAUGUAAAACGUCACUGCAACGUAACUGCAAUAGCAAUACUUCACGUUAUUUAGCGCUGAAUGCACAGAUUAAUGAACAAAUAGUACGUUGAUCUUGUUUGUAAGUGUGGGAGUUUUUUGUUGUUAUAUCUUAUUCUACGUUAUUUUGAAUUGAAAUUAUUUUCGAGUGUGGUUUGAACGAUUAAAAUAACCUUAAUGGCUUUCAUUAAAUAAGUUAGCAAAUCAUAGGCCAGAUUUUAUCUUUAACAUGUCAAUGGCAGAAUUCGAACGCUCUGAAAAAUGAACGGCUCAUAUUGUCCAAAUAGUGACACACUUUCUUAAUACAGCACGAGCAGACA